CCGAUUUGCGCAUAUUCCUGUGAAGGGGUUCAACAACGAGGUCAAGAACAUCAUCUGUCCGGGCGAGAGGACCAAGACACACCCCAAUGUCACCGCCACCAUCUGCUGGAAUCAAGGGACGUACGAGUUUGCCCAGGGCGACUACGACAAGGCUCGGGUGUGCUAUACACGCACGGUGAUGCGAGCUGAGCAGGAUGGGAAUGAUGUCAAUGAGAUGGAUACGGCCAGGUAUGCGUUGGCACAUAUGCUAUACAACGGCAUGGUAGGUGAGAAGGAGCUUGCAGACUACACGGACGCAUACAACUACCUGAAGUGUACUUCGUCGGAGUGUGUGGAGUGUCAGUUGAAGUUGGCGUACUACUUCUACGAGAUCAAGCGCGACGAUCCCUUGGCGGAGUUUAAAGACCCAACUACAGGUGAGACGGGCGGGCUCAAGGUGGG